AUGACUCGCCGAAAGCCUCGCCUGUCCCCGUCACUUGAAUCAGACACUGAUGAAGAAAUUCCUGCCUUGAAUUUCUUUACCAAAUUCCCUCGCUUCGAAUAUGACCCUCAGAAGCCUGUGAGUCAGGAGUUCAAACGCCUGGGAGUGAAAAUGGGUUGGCGCCAAGGAUCCAGAAAGUGGAAGAAGAACUGGAAUCUCUGCAUGGAUGAGCAGUAUGAUCGACUUAUUGGCACUCGGGUCAAUAACCUCGAUACUUGGCAGCAAAUGUGUCAAAAACUCAUGAUCACCGGCGAAUUCACUUCCAUUCGCCAGUGUCGCAAGGCACUAUCGGGAACCUUCGUGAAUUUAGUGGAUCUACUGGAUUGCUGGGAGAGCGACAAGUGCCCGAAACGGUUCCGCAGUCAUACGGCAUUGGCUGAAUACACCAAGGCAGAGUGUAUGUUUGUCAGUCGAAAGAUUGUGAAGCAGGAUAAGGCGUUGGCUGGCUUGCUCAAGCGUAUCUUCUAA